AUGCACACUUUUCUCGUGCCAGUUGGAAUUUCGUAUGCUUUCGGUGGUGUUUUCAUAAUUAUUUCCCCAGAAUUAGCCUUGGACGGCGAUCAGAAGUGGUAUCUCCUUCUGAGCCACGUCAAUCAGAUCCUUAUGCUAAUCACUAUGCAACUGCGACAAGUGACAACACGCUAUUUCGGGGACCCUUCCAUACCGGUUGAACAGUUACGGACAUUGCUCAGGUGUCACUUGGCCACCGUGGAUUCGCUUUUCCAUCAUCCGACUCUGGGUCGGGAAUCAUCUCGUGAAACGCUACGCGAAUUAAUUCAGUCCUUACUGCAACUUCUCCUCGACGAACGAACGUGUGAAUUGCCCGAUGGCGAAAAUGUGAUUCGUGCAAUCAACUCGUUAUGUGUCCGGAUAAUCGAUUCGGCCAACGGAACCCUCAACACCUACUCGUUGGAUGUCAUCUUGUUGGAUUGCCAUCACUUUCUCAAAGCCUUCCCCUCACCCUCAUGGAAGCAGCGCAAAUCCGAUGUGCCACUACGCACAAUCAAAACGAUGCUUCAUGUACUUUGUCGACUCCAAGGUUCCAGUAUUUUGGACUUUCUUGAAAAUAUACCAAACAAGGAUGAUUCCGAAUUGGAGUCGUAUUUGUUGCGCACGCUAAAAACCAUCGGCGGGGCCGCGGUGGCCAGUGCGCCCAAUUCACGUCGACCAUCUGGAUCCGAGUCGCGUAGCAAGUUUGGAUUACCUUCCGCUGCAACUCGUGAGAAGCUGGCGGAAAUUUUCAAAAAGGUUGCAUCCAAACAACCCGAGGAAGCCAAAAAUGAUCGAUCCACCACGAGUACUUCUGACGAACCAGAACCUCGACCCACCAUUUCUGCCAAUGAGUUGUUGGAGAUCAAAAUGCGUCUUGAACGAAUCAAAAGCGGUCAACCACUGUGA